CUGUUUACAUCCGGCCGGGGCGCGCUGCCGCCGCCGCCGCCGCCUGAGGUCGUUCCGCCGGGGUCCGAGCCGCCCGCACCAUGGACACGAGCGAUCUCUUCGCCAGCUGCAGGAAGGGGGAUGUGGGCCGAGUGCGGUACCUGCUGGAGCAGCGCGACGUGGAGGUGAACGUGCGGGACAAGUGGGACAGCACCCCCUUGUACUACGCCUGCCUGUGUGGCCACGAGGAGCUGGUCCUCUAUCUCCUGGCCAACGGAGCCCGCUGCGAGGCCAACACCUUUGAUGGGGAGCGCUGCCUCUACGGGGCCCUGAGCGACGCCAUCCGCCGGGCCCUGCGCGAGUACAAGCAGGUGACGGCCUCAUGCAGGAGGCGGGAUUACUAUGACGACUUCCUGCAGCGGCUCCUGGAACAGGGCAUCCACAGCGACGUGGUGUUUGUGGUGCACGGGAAGCCCUUCCGGGCCCAUCGCUGUGUCCUGGGCGCGCGCAGCACCUACUUCGCCAACAUGCUCGACACCAAAUGGAAGGGCAAGAAUGUCGUGGUCCUCAGACACCCCCUGAUCAACCCCGUGGCCUUCGGGGCCCUGCUGCAGUACCUGUACACAGGUUGCUUGGACGUCGGCGUGGAGCACGUGAGUGACUGCGAGCGCCUGGCCAAGCAGUGCCAGCUGUGGGAUCUGCUCCAGGACCUAGAGGCCAAGUGCGAGAAGGUGUCCGAGUUCGUGGCGUCCAAGCCAGGCACGUGUGUGAAGGUGCUGACCAUCGAGCCCCCGCCGGCAGCCCCCCGGCUGCGGGAGGACAUGGCCCAGCUGGCCCACUGCGCCCUGCCUCCCGAGCUCCGCGGGGACCUCGGGGAGCUGCCCUUCCCGUUCCCCGACUUCGUCGACAGCUGCCCCGAUGUCUGCUUCCGGGUGGAAGGUUGCCGCUUUCUCUGCCACAAGGCCUUCUUCUGUGGCCGGAGCGACUACUUCCGGGCCCUGCUGGACGACCACUUCCGAGAGAACGAGGAGCUGGAGGCCCCGGGCGGCCUCCCGGCCGUCACCCUGCACGGCAUCUCGCCCGGCAUCUUCUCCCACGUCCUCUACUACAUCUACAGCGACCACACGGAGCUGCCCCCGGAGGCGGCCUAUGAUGUGCUGAGCGUCGCCGACAUGUACCUGCUGCCCGGCCUGAAGCGGCUGUGCGGCCGCAGCCUGGCACAGCUGCUGGACGAGGACAGUGUGGUGGGCGUGUGGCGUGUGGCCAAGCUCUUCCGCCUGGCGCGCCUCGAGGACCAGUGCACUGAGUACAUGGCCAAGGUCAUCGAGAAGCUGGUAGAGCGGGAGGACUUCGUGGAGGCCGUCCGGGAGGAGGCGGCGGCUGUGGCCGCAAGGCAGGAGACGGACUCCAUCCCGCUGGUGGACGACAUCCGGUUCCACGUGGCCAGCACGGUGCAGACCUACAGCGCCAUCGAGGAGGCACGGCAGCGGCUGCGGGCGCUCGAGGACCUGCUGGUGUCCAUCGGCCUGGACUGCUGACCGCCGGCUGCCGGCCCCGUGGCAGCCCGCGUGGACACGUGUGUGCACAUGCAUGUGCGGCCCGUUCUUCUGUUCCUUGUCCCCUCGACGGCUCCGUGGUGGCAGAGGGGGCUCGGUAGGGUGGCCCUCACCUCCCCUACGUCCAGGGCCCGGGAGGAAGGUCAGGGUGAGUCCCUUCCCCCAACAAAAGCCAGCCCCCGAGGCCCUGGGGCUGGGCACCACUCAGGGAAACCUGGGGUCAGGGUCUGGGGUUGGGGCUGGCCUCCCCUCCCCCCGGACCCCCCUGACCCACCCCCCCCGACCCCCCUCUCCUGGCCCUGGCUUCCAGGCCAAGCCCAGCAAGCAGGCUUCUGCUGGGCAUGGGGUUGGCCCCGAGGAGGCAGAAGAGAGGAGUGUGUGUGUGGCAAUAAAGCUUGAAUUCGCUGUGGCA